AUGUUGAUGACAGAGUUUGGAGACAUCGUUGAUUGCAUUGACAUUUAUAAACAACCAGCCUUCGACCAUCUUUUACUAAAGAACCAUAAGUUGCAGGUUGCAGAAAUAUCUAUUCCAAAAAAUUAUGCUCCUUUGUAUAAAGUUAGCGGAAUAAAUAGCCUUUAUAAUCCAAGAGUGAGUGGAAAAGGUCAAAGCUCUAUAUCUCAUAUAUGGGUUGAAAAUGGACCUCUAGAAUCUACCAACAAAAUAGCUGCUGGAUGGCAUGUGGACCCAGCAAUAUAUGGUGAUACAAAGACCCAUUUUUUUGCAGCAUGGACGAGUGAUAAUUUUAAGAAGACAGGAUGCUACAAUGUUCAGUGUCGAGGUUUUGUUCAGAUUGAUAAAAAGAAUUUCCUUGGGGGAUAUUUCCCCAAGGUAGGUACCUAUGGUGGACCAACUUAUGAGGUUCUCAUCUCUAUUACUCAGGAUCCAAAGACAAAAAAUUGGUGGAUAAGUGCAGGAAAUGUAAACAUUGGAUAUUAUCCAGCAGCAUUGUUCACGAACUUGGGAUCGGCAUCGAUUGUUGGAUGGGGUGGGAGAACACAAGCUAAGGUUGGAAGUCCUAGUCCUCCAAUGGGAUCUGGGCAUUUUCCUGAUGGAAAGAAAGACCAUGCAUGUUAUUUUAGAUCUCCCAUGGUUCAAGACGCAUCGAGAGAAAUUUAUAGACCUGAAUCUAUUAUGACCAGAGCCUUUUCUGACAACACCAAAUGUUAUGAUGUUUAUUACUAUAAAGAUCAUGGAGGGGUUUAUGAUGAAGGUGUUAUUCAGUUUGGAGGGCCCGGAGACAAAUGUGGAACUUAA